UAGUUCGAAAACGAAUGCGGCACGGUCAAGACAAAGGAAUCGAUUUCCAAUAAAUCGAAUAGCGAAAGUAAAUGUAGCGGAAAAAUAUUCAAAAUAAAUUGUAAAAUACAGAAAAGUUAUUUUCCCUAUAAUUCAUUUUAUUUUGUGUGUUGUGGAAAAGUGUGUUGAAACAAGGAAAGGAGAGAAAACUGAGUGAAAAGAGCGGCAAACAAAUGGCAAAAAGGGCAUUCCGUAAAUACUUAGGCGGUCCUUAUCAAUUCACCUGAUAAGCUUUGAUAACAGAUAAAGCGAAAAGUUUCGCUCUCUUUUGCGCUCUUCAUAUAGUUUUCUCAUUCGCGAACAGCUGUUGGAGCCAACAACAACAACGACAAUUAAGAACAAAGCUCAAGACCGCAGCAAAAACUACGUUAAACGCUUGAAAAAAGGACAAAAACAAAAACAAUUAAACAAAACAUUUGAAAGUUGAAAUAAAUUUCAAAUCACAUAGAAGUCAAUCCAACAAACCGAAAUGGGAAAAGAUCGACUACCUGAGCUUUUACAGCGCUCGCUGACCACGAACUCAAACUCGAAUUCGUCGUCCAACGGGUCACUGCUUUUGAACGUGUACAGUGGAACCACGGAGUUCAUCAUCAACAACACCGGCGGCAGCAACAAUAGCUACAGUGUCAUCAGCCAAACCAACAACAACAAUAAUAAUAACAUUAGUAGCGAAGCCAAGGAUCGGAUCAGUUCGAAAAUGGCACAAUAUGGAUCGAAUGUGGACGAUAUUCUCAAUCCGUACACGGAGAUACGACAACAACUCGCACAGAUAGCCGCCAAUUUGGAGGCGAUGAACCGCAUGUCCCAAACCAUCAAUCUGCGCACUUUCAACGAGAACGAAAUGGAUGACCUUCACAACAAGAACCUGAGGCUGGGCAAUACGCUGAUGACGAGAUUCAAGGACUUCAAGACAAAUCUGCCGGCGGAAAACGAUUACAGUUUGGAGGCGAGGAUGAAAAGGACACUCUUCUACGGCCUCCACCAGACUUUCAUAAAUCUCUGGCAUAAAAACGAACUAUUCCUACAGAACUACGAGACCAAAGUCAAAAAAAAUCUGAGACUGCAUACAAAAAUCAUUAAUUCAGAAGCCAGCGAACAAGAAAUCGAGUUACUCAUCGAAAACAAGACAACCAAACUCUUUGUGGAUAAUUUCCUGCAGGAGACGGAAAAGGAGCGACAGACGCUGCGCGAAAUGAUGGAUAGGUUCAACGAGCUGCGCCGCCUGGAGAAGUCCAUCGAGGAGGUCCACGCCCUGUUCAUGCGCAUCCAGACGCUGGUGAUGGAGCAGAGCGAGGUGAUCCAGCGGGUGGAGUUCCACGCCCAACAGGCCACCCUCCACGUGGACAAGGGGGCGGACGAACUGGACCAGGCCGAACAGCACCAAAAAAAAGCGCGCAAGAAAAAAAUAAUGCUCAUCUCGAUACUUGUGACCGUUUUGUUAGUAUUACUCUUUGUUGGUAUUUAUUUGUGAUCCAUAUAAGACAAUUUUAAUUUUUUUGCUAAUUUUUAAGUCUUUAAUCUAAGAAAAUAAACUGUAAAACAACACGAAAUGGGAUUACG